AUGACAACGCCAACAGGGACAUCGGCACCAUCACGAGUCGAGGUACCAUCCUGGAACGGUGAGGCAGAGAAGCUGUCGAACUACCGCUUCGAGGUGUCGAUGUUCGUGAAAAGCAUCAGAGUGAACGACCGCUACGUCUGCGGACCACAGUUGGUCCGGGCGCUUGGGCCGCGGGUUCGGAACGCCGUGGAGAGCUGCCCCUCGAUCAACGACGUAGACGAGGUGGAUGACAACGGAAAGUUAGUCGGCUGGGAGAGGGUGUUCAGCUAUGUGCUUGAGAAGUUUGACUACGCCAGCCUCAACGACACGGGUCUGCUGGCCGAGGAGUUUUUCCUGAAGAUAGGCCGCAACUCUGGAGAGACCUUCCAGGACUGGGCGGCCCGGUUCGAGAAGAAGGAGAGGGAGCUGUUGACCCAGCUGCAGGCCAUCGACCCGGACGUGAAAGAAGUGAUAGCGAAGCCUCUUCGCACAUGGUGGUUCCUGCGGAAGUCGAGACUCACCCCCGUGCUCAGAGGUGAAGUGACGGCGACCGCGGGAGGGGACUUCAACUACGGAAAGACCUACAAGACGUUGCUCACGCGCUUCCCAGCGGAGGCUCUUGCGGAGCUGGAUGGCAAAGUCAAGCGUGAGCGGGCGUUGUUCGAGAACGACUUUGAGGAGGACGAGGACGAGACUGGCGGGGAAGCAGAGGAGAUGCACGAGCUGGCCGAGCAGCUCCUCAACCUUGCGGACGAGCACGAGGAGGUGGAGCCCGACGACUUGGAGGCAGACAACGAGGUGUUCGCGCAGUUUCGCCAAGCUGGCCGGAGCUUCAAGGAUGCCAGGGAUCUCCUUCGACAAGUACGAGUAGCAAGGGACUACUACCCGCUCCACCGCCGAAGCCUCACGCUGAGUGGCGGCCCCGAGGACAGGCUAAAGGACGUGGACGCGGACAACAAGAUCGACGAGUUCGCUUUGAAAGUCGGGGGCGGCGCCACUGGAGGCACGACUAACACGCACAACGGCUUCAUCUUGUCGGCCCUGGACGAGCACGUCUACCUGCUUGAGCGCGAGGGGAUCUGGGCCGUGCUGGACAUUGGAGCUACGCGCAGUCUCGGUGGCGUCGAGAGCGUUGAGAACCUCAUGUACGAGAUGAUGGUGAACCACGACGUGGAGUUCGAGGCGCACGACGACACUUGCUCCUUCACUUUCGGCGACGGGCUCCAGAAGAGCUCGAUGGGAACGGUCUCUGGACGCGCCUACUUGGGACCGGAGCUCCGAGACAUCAGCCUCUCAGUGAUGGCGAACCGCGUCCCCAUUCUCCUGGGCGUGGACAUCCUGACGGACGACUCGAAGGUCGUGGUCGACUGCGGCCGCAACUGGAUCGGGUUGCCGACGCUGGGCAACAAGGUCUACUACUGCGAGAGGCUCUCGAGCAAGCACCUGGCGAUCAACCUAUCGACACCGCAGUGGUGGCGCGAGGUCUCUCUACCCUUGUCCCUGGAGAGCUGCCACGUCAACAUGACAGGGCGGGACUCCAUCGUGCUGGAUGAGAAGCCAGAGGAGCCCGUGACGGGCUGCGCUGGCUGCCUCGCCGUGCGCUAG